UGCCUCCCUGUUUACUCCCACCAUCCCCAUUUCUACUUUCUACCAGUAACGCUAAAUAGAUUACAGGGGAUUCACUUAUUUAAAGACCCGAGCGAAAGCUCUGCGGUUUAAAUCUGGAUCAACUGAGAAUAACUCAACUACAGCAACAGCGCUUGAGGCACCAGAGGGAUCUAAUUGAAGCAAGUUACCUCUGCGUUGUGUUCAGUAGAAGAGCAGCCGGUGAGCCAAGGGCUUAGUGGGUCAGCCCAGCGUUGCCUUUACCCUCUGUGCCUCUCAGCUGGCAUUCACACUUUCACUUGCUAAACCGAGAGGGGCUCCAGCGCACAACCUCCACCAUGUCUCUCAGGCUGUUGCCGGGUUUCAUCACCGACGACGACGACGACGACGGUAACUUCACCAAAUGGAUGAGUAGUUACUGGGGUCACGGAGCGGAGAGCGGACACUCCAGGGAAAGGAAACGUAGCUUCAGAAGACCAGCCAAAGCACGAGUUGACCGAAGAGCAUCACUCCCAACCGUGUCACAAUUGGACGCCAUGAAGUUGAACAAGCUCCAUGCGGCGACGAUGGCACCCGCUCCCAGCCACAUCAAACCCAGGGAGGAGAAGGGGGAGGUCAGGUACCACCAGAGAGCCCGUCGCUCCUCCUCAGACGACAACAGCCGCCCCAAGACGGGCGUUCCAGAGAACCGCAUCACCACGAUCCCAGAGCUCACCGAGUCUUUCGAGAAGAGACUUUGUGUCCGUGACAAGAGGGCUGUGAAUAAUGAUGACAGGUUGUGGCUGAUCUGUCACGAGGACAUGCGUAAGAACGGAGGUGUUCAAGAGCUGCACUGUGCAAACCGCUUCCACAAAGAGGAGGCUCACAGGUUAGAGCAGUGUCGGCCCCACAGCGGCAGUGAAGCAGCAUCUUGUCAGGUGAGGAGACUCUCGGACGAGAGGAGAAAGUCGGCAGACGGACCAAUCUCCUUGGAGGAGAAGCACACACUGUGCCGCCAACUGUCCCUUCGUAGACACCGCUGAUGUCGUCCUGUGGAAGGAGUGCAUGGAGCAGUGGCUGUGGAAGAGACAGAUGUGUCCUACGUGUCGUGUCCAAGUGUCAGUGGCGCAGCCCCUCUACUGGUCUUCGUCCCGCAUCAAUGUCCCAUGACAGUCCUUGCCAUGCCUGCAUGUCCUUGUGACACACUGACCCCAAGACCUCCACCACACCUCAGUCCUUCUGCUUCAAUUCCUGGGUACGAAUGACUGUGUGCGGCUUUUCAUCAAAAUAGUUCUCAAGAGGGACACUUUCGUUUGGUUAAUCUUCCGUCAAGUGAGGGCGCAGGGGCACUCUAUGAGAGUGAAGGGCCCCUUCACAAGAGAGACAACGAUGGUAAUUUGGCCUCACGCUGUUUAUUUAUACAGUGCAUGAUAAAAGGUUUUGUCUUUUUGUUUCCUUUGGACAGAGACAAGCUUUAUGCUAUGCUAAGCUAACUAGAUGCCAGCUCCAUGAGUGAUAUCAUCUAAUUACUGGCAAGAAAAAUAAAGAGCAUAUACUUCCCAACGUUUCUUUGGAACAGAUCUUAAGCAUUUUAGUCUCAUGACUUCCGCCACAUUUAAUUGACAUCUCGUAAAACUUGGCGUUUGUUUGAAUGUUGGAAAUAACGAUACUCACAUAUUUAUGAUGAACUGGCUUUGCUGAUCUGAAAGUGAGUGAGUGCACCUUUGUGUUUUAUGUCCACAGUCAUAAUCUUUACACCUAUAAAAGUGAACUCCUCCUGAAACUCUGAGUUUAUCCGUCAUACAUAACUUCCCACCUGUUCCAUCUUCCUGCCUUUACUGUUGUUUUGCAUGUGAGGUCCGAUCGACUGUCGUCUCUGUCCUGUUGAGCAAAGCAUGACGUCACCCCAUUCAAAGUGAUUGAGAACAGCUCUGUUGGAGCCUACACCACGUACAUGUGGUUCCACUGUAAGUGCUGCGGGGCCCGGGGACCCUAGUGGUCAGCUCUUACUUUAAGCCCCAGGGUCCCAGGGGCCCUCGUGGUCAGUUUAUGCUUUAAACACCAUGGGGCCAGGGGACCCUCAAAUUGUAAGUGCUGAGGGGUCUUGGGGGCCCUAGUGGUUAGCGCACAUUUUUCCCGGGGGCCUUUACCAUAUAAGCACACAGGGGGCUGGUGGUCAGUUUGCGCUUUGAGCACAAAGGGCCCUGGCGUUCAACUUCCCAAGUCUUAGGCAAAGCACCGUAUGCAGUGCGAGGCCCCGAGGUACUGGCCCCACUGGCCCGGUCCAUGAGCCAGCCUUGUGUGCAAUAUGUCCAACAAAUUCAGACUGCAAAUACAAAAUAUUAUCUUACAUAUAGUUUUGAUGUUUAGCAUGUUGAAGACUUCAUUAUCUUUAUUUCAAUUGGCUCACAGUAUAUAUUUAGCUGUACUUAAUUCAGUCACGACCCAGCGAAUGCCAGCUUCUACUGACAUCUGGCUUGUAUAUCCAACUAAAAUAAAUCUGUUGGCACACUGCAGAUAUAGCUUUUUAAGAUUAGUUCAAACGUAGCUGGGGUAAAGUAUUUUUUCUCUCAGUAUUUCUUUUCACUUUGCUUAAAGAGAAAUGACUAUUUAGGUAAUUGUAAUAUAUUUAUUACUGUUCUCUCUGGGAGAUUCACGUUUGUUUUUUUUGAUUGUCUAUCACAUUUGACCUAUUUAAAUGUCUGUUGCUGUCCCACAUUUUUUAAAAUAUUUUUACUCACUCCCCAAAAUAAAAAACCCCCACUGUGUGUAAGGCCGACUUCACACUGCCAAGAGCUGAAAAGCUGAGCUUACACGGAAACAACUAGAAGUGGCAUCAGCUGCUUCAUGUGACUGUACUGUUGAAUAAAGAUGCUAAUGUGA